ACUUUUCAAAAUGGCUACCCUGGCAAACCUUCGUGUUAUGACGUGCCUCUGCAAAUAGCAGCCUUCUUCUACACUGACCUUGGAUAACAGUUAAACUUAAAUUGUGCUAAAUAUUAAAAAGGCUCUUUCGAACGUAUUAUUGUUUUGCUACAUUAAGCCUGUGAAACGUUAAAGGUUGUCACUUGGUCACUGUAGAUAAGGAAAGUUUAGUCCUGCUUUAAAGGAAAAGUUGCAGAUUGGCUCUGGCUCUGGGAAAAGUUCGUUUUGUUAAAUUGCAUCGUUGGAACAAAAUCAGCUGGAUGGGGGGUUUCCCCUUUUGUUUCCUAUGGUGCCUCCUAGAAGAGCAUUUAUGAAGGAAAUGAAUGCCGACGAGUUGACCUCUGGCUAUAAAGCCACAACAAAUUGUGAUUUAAACAAUGGUAGGCCUAAUUAAUCAACUACUACUAAUUUACUUAUAUUGGCAAUGGCCUUCUAAGCUAAUCAAUCACUUUGGAGACUCUAACUUUAAAUUUAACUUAACUCAGUUUUAUAGUCUUACUCUUACUUCUUAUUUCUUAUUCUUAGUAACUGAUGUUUAUGCCUGGCAGCUAGUGUGGGCUGGUGUGUUAAUAUUACUUAUGCCUAUUAUUUACACUAGUCCAAACUAAAUCACCAUAUUUUAUUAUUUAAUUUUUAAUAAUUUAUUAUAUUAAUAUUAUAUUUAAUAUUUAUUAAGAAAGUGUCUAAAUUAACUACCAAUAGCCAAUAGCUUCUGACUAGGGAGCUAUUCGUAGUAAAUUAUCAACAGCAUCUAGAGAGCCAUUGACUAUUGGUAGUCCGGCUAAUCCUAGUUACGACUGCCACGACUUUUUCCAGGGAGUGACUUCCCUUUUUUUAUUUUUACUAAAUUAUUUUAGGGAUUGAUUUUAUGGUUCAGGUUAGGCAUAGGGAUCGGUUUAUGGUUCAGGUUAGGCAUAGGGAUCGAUUUAGGGUUCAGGUUAGGCAUAGAUAGGGAUAGAUGACUUAAUGUUACGUGUUAACCAAGAUGGCGCCAUUGAGAAAAUAGUGGCAAUCGUAGUCAAAAUUUACAGGUAGUCAAGCCAAUCAAACUAAAACCAGAACUUUAAACCCCGCUUUCAGUCACGGUAGCGAAGUAAUGCCCUGUUCAUUUGGUACUAGUGACCUCGGCUUGAUAAUAAAUCCUGAAAUAAUUUAAGCUUUAAAUUGCUAUUUUGAUACUUUUGAAGAUUUAUAAAAUGCCAUAAAAAAAAUGCUGUCUUUAUACUUUAUAAAAAAAGAGAGUGACCAUUUACCAAAAAUAGCUAUGGUUAUAGAAUUAUAAUUUAUAAUACAGACCUAAUAUAGAUUAUAACAAAUAGAUGUAUAAUACUGGGGGAAGGGUAUCAUUGUCAUAGUCUGAAAAAAUUAUACCUUGUUUCAAUUUUGACAAAGUAUUAUGUGCAAAUCUGAAAAAUAAAUUCCAGUUAAGACUGAGAAAUAAUUUUAUUGUAAAACUUUAGUGUGUGCUAAUUAAUAUGAUUAAAAUCAUAUAUUAAAAUAUAGGCAUAAAUAUUUAUAAUUACCAUAAUAAUUGUUUUACUACAUACAAAUGUGCAUAUUAAAAAAGUCUUGUUACUUUAGUUAAAUGAGUAGUAUAAUAACGUGAUUAGGCUUAAACUUAAACAUGACAACAGAAGCUUUGGCCAAUCUCUGCUUAGGAUUCCCCCCCCCCACCCCCCCCAAUUGAAUUUCUGGUGGGAGAUAAGCCUACUGAGUAUUAUUUACACAAUUGACAAUUGAGCGCUCCGUUAACUUAUAACGGCAUUGAUAUUUUUAAGUACAAUUCAAAAAUUUCAUUUGGACAAUUUGGUUAAUUGUUCAUCUUUAAUAUUAAUUUAACGUCUAAGAAUCGCUAUUUACAAUUUUUUUUUAAAAGCUAUACUAGAUCAAUUUUUUUAACAGCUCAGAAUCCAAUUAAAAAAUAAGCAGCAAUACAUAAAAUAUAUUCAAACAACGGAAAAUAAGCUUAUUAUCUCUUGUAAAUCUGGUUUGGAGUUAAUUUGUGAGACCAGACACAAAAAAUAUAUUUUUUAAGUGCACCACGACCUGACAGCUGUCUUAAACAUUGGCACAUGUUUUUUGGCAAGUUGUUUUAUUGGUGACACAAAAAGUAGAAAUUUCACAUACCUACUUACGAGUAAUUUCAGAGAUGUAAUUAAGAAAAUAAUGACUACCAAUACUUAGUCAAUACUGCACUAGGUCAUUCUAUCACAAUUAGUAGUUUUUGAUAUUAAACUACCAAUAGCCGCUACUGGUAGUAAGUUAUGGGUAGUUUACUACCAAUAGCCGUAGCCUUUAUUAAUGACUAAUAAUAAUGAUGCUUAAAUUUUUUAUGUCUGGAUUAUCAUCCUCUACAUUGUAUUGUACUUGAAUGACACUACCACCAUCCAUUUAAUGAUGAUCCAUUUUAUAUGCAAUGUAUGUCUAUCCCUAUACUAAACUCUUUCUUUUUAUUCCUGCUUUAAAGCCCUGUUAUCCUAGGGAUGUCAAUACUUUUUUCUGCUAACUGGUUAUCAGUUUAAGGAAUCGGGUUAUCAAAUUUUUUUUCCAAAGGUCAGACUCACUUUCAAGAUUGAAAGAAUCAGAUGAAAUAUAUUUUUAGAACAGUCAAAGCACAUCUCAUACUCAUUGAUAAAGUUUGGUACCAGCACUUUUAAUCAAUGAACAAAUGACUACAUAUUGUUGUACAAUGCGAUUUGUACUUACCCAAAAGUGUGAAUUGAUAUAUACAGUAGAUUAUAUGCCUGUAAAGUCAAGUUGACCAUGUAUUUCAUUCCAAGGUGCAGUUAUCUAUUUUUAGAAACUUUUCAAAAUGGCUACAAUCAAGUGCCUAUCUUAUAUAGUAUACUCUACGUUUAUAAAUUUUUGAAGUAUUUUAUUUUUCCAUUAUUAUUAAAAGUCUGUAUUAAAAAAAAAAUCAUCCUUAUACUAUUCCAAUGCCAUAUAAAUAUAACACAUAUUAUAGGGAAACUUGAAAGAUCGCAAUGCUUAACAAUGGAUGUUUCGACUAGAAAUCCUUUAACAGCAAACAAAGAGGGACAAUAGAAAUAUUAACUUAGCCAAUGAUAGAAAACAGGAACCAUAUUGAAUCGAUUCGGGUUUUCCUGUCCUCUAUGUGUGCUAUAUAUCAUAUUGCUCUAACCUGAAUACAGUCCUCCCAUAUUACACUUAUACUAUACCUAAUAGGCCUAUAUAGUCAUAAACUAUAGUAAUCUUACAGUCAUUACUGUGUAAUAUACAACAUCAAUGACAUGUUUUAAAAAAAAAUGAUAUUCUUAAACAGAAAAACUAAGUAACUAAGCUCUGUCUUUUGCUUCAGUGCAGGGUUUCUCAACCUCCAGGGUAUGUGGGUAUCAUAUCAGGGAGUGCAAAGAAAGGAGAUUUAAGAACAGAGGAGAUAUUAGCUUUUAAGUUAUGAUUUAACUUUUGUAUGUUUUUAAACAUUCUUUAUUGUCAAAAGUUAAUUUUCUAAGCUCUACAUUUCUAUUGCAAUUCUGUAGAUAAAUUAGAAUUCCAUUAUUUUCAUAUUUUAAAUUGCACUGUACUUUUUGUAGUGGGUACGAGAUUUAGUAAAAAAUUCUGAUGAGGUGCUAGAGUAUUUAAAUAAUUUGUAAGAGGUGUGGAGCAUAGACAAGCUUGGGCAACACUGCUUUAGAAUAUAUGUUAAUUUCUUCCUUUGAAUACAAUAAAUAGUUGAAUUUUACUUCAUGGGACCUAUAUCAUAUUAAGUAAUACUGUGGGACCUGAUACAGUGUACUUAAUCCUCGCUGCCAGGCUUGAGGUACCCAGAAAAGCUGAGUUUCUGCACACCCCACACGUAGCUGGACGGGGUAAUUAAACAGAACAGUAAAAUGUGCAUUUUUUUCUUUUUGAAUUUUCAUUGUGAAAUUUAAAAUUUAAAUAUUAUUUACAUCGACGAGAGUAGUUUCUGAUUUUUACUUCUCUCUGAAUACUCUACAACUACAUAAAAUAAAAACUAUGAUGUAAAUGUCGGAAGCUGAUUUAGUAUAAAUAUUUUGGGAAAAUUAUAUUAUAAAGCCAGACCUGCCAACUCUUCUGAUUUUGUCGGAAUUAUACAUAUUUUUUACCCCUCAUUCCGACCUUUCAACAAACCCCUUAAAAUUCCGAUUAUUCGAACUUUAUUAUUCUUCACCCGUCUUAAAAAUCUGAAAGCGACAAAAAAAAAAAUCGGGUUAAGACUGGGAGUGGUGCAUUUGUUUUUACAAAAUGUCUUCUUCGUGUCUGGUGACUGGACGAAAAAGUGAUUUAAUUCUUGAGAUAUUCUUCCGGCUAUAUAUAUUCGACCAACUCACAUGACCACAGUAACAAAGUUGUGCGAGAUAUUUGUUUGUCAGCCUUAAAGCUAUUUGUGUUUUGAAACCGUCAACUGUAUGAUGCUUUGUGAUCGCUGCUAGUUCUAUAAAUGCACUUUUCAUUUGUCCCCAUUGGGUGAACAAAUCAUAUAAACUGUGAAGAUAACCCUUUUUUUUUGUUGGUCAAUAUACCCAGACCGGGUGUAAAAAAAACUGGUCGGAGCUCUACUCUCCUCAGCGAAGUGUGUGGUGUGAAAUGUACCAUAGCCUUUAGUGGUAUAUAGCAUUAUAUGGAUACAGGCUGUGUAGGAUUAGUUUUUAAAGACUGUUUUGGGUAUUUAUGAUAAAUGCAGAUGGGAAACUGAGAUUCAUGGUAACAAAAAAAGUUAUACAGGGAAGUUGUUGUACAAUGCACCAGUGUAUUUUAGAUUAAAGGUAUUAUAACUUUUUAAUAUACAAUGACUCACAAAUUUAAUAUAUAAUUAAUAAUAAUAUACGUCUAUCACAAGGUAUUUCUGAUCAUGUAAGGAAAUAAUAGAUGACAAUUUAAAAAAAUCAUACGUCCAAUGCUUAGCAGGAUGCAAAAUAUGCCUUAAAAGCGCUGUAUGUGGUCAUCAGGCAGCCCUGGAAAACGCUUUUCUUUUAAGUUUCAAGUAAUUUGAAAAUUUUCUGAUAUUGAUUUUUAUUAGAUUUGAUUGUAAUAUUCAACUUUGGUGAAAGCAAUAUAAUCACGACACCGUAUCCGGAAAUUUCGUCGACGGUAAAUUGGUCGACGGUAAUAUGAUCGAACGGAAAUUUGGUCAAAUCUUAUUUUCUAUUUUUACGUUACAGUUUUGCAUCAAAUUUCGUUUUGGACGAAUUAUUUUGUUUUACUAAAUAGUAUAGUGCGUUCAAAAAGAAAUUUGACGAAAAUUUUAACGUGCGAACGGAAAAAAAAGAUUCGACCAAAGUUCCGUUCGAUCAAAUUACUGUCGAUCAAUUUACCGUCGACGAAAUUUCUUUCGAUCAAAUUUCCGGUAACCUCACGACACAGAUAUCGUAUUAACUAGAUUUGGCACAUAUCAGUAUUGUUACAGGGAUUAAUACUCAAUAGAAAAUGUUAUUUAGGGCCAUAGUAUAUGUAUAAUUUUGACAAGGUAACAUUGAUCAAAACCUUAUUCUCAGACUAUUAGUAGUGAUGUUAUGAAAGAAUUUACAUUUUUAAAAUUAAUGAUUUAUUUUAAUGGCUCCUUGUUUUAACUUGUAUCAUCCAACUAACAUUUUCAUAUGAUAGAAAGUAUAGAAAGAUUAUUAACUGAAGCAUUGUAAUUUAGUUUUAGAAAACCAUUGAUUUUAAAGCUUUAAUAAAAGAUUACAUAGUUUAAAAGAUGAUCUGUUGUAAUUAUUUUUAGCAGGGCCUGAUUGCUCUCAUUGCUUAAUAUUAUGUAGUAAUCAUCUGCUUGGUGGAUUUUGUCCCUUUGGUUCAGAAUAGGCGGUCAGUAUUGGUCGCCAAGGAGACCAACCUGUUCCACACCUUUGUCUUAUUAGUGAAUUUCACUGACCUUUGCUUUGAGUAUCAAAUUUUACAAUUAUUAAGUUGAUUAAUUGUGUAUCAUAGAAAAUGACAUGAAUAACUCUGUAUUGCUUCUUAAUUCAGGAUUAAUGAUGCACCACACGCAUUCCCAUUGUGAUUAUUUGGAAGAGUUAUAGCAAGAUGUCUUAAUUCUUAACUGAAAAUAUCAUAUUUUAACAAAAUUCACGAAAUUCAUUUUUUAAAUUUAGUUAUCUUUGAUGAGACAAUUGUCCUCUCACUCCGAAAAUCAUCAGUAAAUGAAUCUGGGAGGCAAAAUUAAUGCAAUGGAACAAAAUUUGGUUUCUAAAGUAGUUGAAAAAGUUUUUUGUAGUUUAAAAUAAAUAGUCAAUAUUUCAAAGAACCUUUACCCUAACACUUAUUAUUCCCAUUUGAAGUGUUUAGAUAAAGAAACUUUAUUAAAUGCUUUAAUUUUAAAGGAUAGUCAAAGAAAGCUAUUACAAAUUGAAUUUUUACUUUUGUCUUCUUAUUUUUAUUGAAGUUUAGUUAUAUAGCAGAUGAAAGAAACCAUUAAAUUUAGCCAUUGCCACCCGAUACAAACAAAGCCAUCGGGGAAUGCUAGCUGGGGCAUCACACAUCAAGUGGGCAAGCUAUUUUUUUGUGGCACCAGUCGUAAUAGAGCACAUGAAAGCAGUUGAGUGGGUAACUAUUUGUGUGGUGGUUCACUCAGUAUUUGGGCACCAGUGUCCCCCAGCAGCAUAUGAAAUCAAUAAAUUGACCAGUUCUCUUGCCUGAUGCUGGCUCUGUUGAUGUAACCGCCACACAUCAAAAGGCAGACUAUCUCUCCCUCCCAAUUUUUUUGUGCCCAUUUACACACACACUUUGCGACCCCCUUCGCUGUGUUGCUAUACAUCACAGAUAAGGUCUUGUUCAGGUCCUCGCUGCUCAUGCAUAUUAAUGGGAUCAGUGGGCCUGAUGUUACACAUCUGGUGGUACACGCUAUUAUUAGUUUAGCAUUGUGGCUGCCAGUUAUGGAAUUAAUGGAGCUCAACGCUCGGGUAAUUACAAGUCUUGAGACAUGGCCAGAAAAUAUUAUUAGAAAUAUAAAAAAAUGUAAAAAAAAAAAAAGCAACACAUCCUUUGCUCUUAGAGUAUAAAAGCAGCAUGCUUUAAUAUAAUUUUUUUUAGUGCUGAUGUGAGUAACUGGUGAAAUAACUUUUUUAUUCUGUGAGGCUUUAUAAGAAUAUGUUGAUGUAAUGUAUGUCUAAAAUAAAGUUUUGAUGUAAAAAUUUUAGUUUUAUAACUACUGUUUAAUAUUGUUUUUUGAAUUCAACAGGUGGUUAGUUCAGCCAGGCUGCUGGUGGCUUAAGCAAUUAUCUUGUUAGCUGUAAACUCACCAUAUGUGUUGCUAUUUAAAAAUUGAAUGAAUUUUCUUGUGAAUUGUAUUUGUAUGACAUUUGUAAUACUGUACUUGAAUUAAAAUAUCGAUUGUAUUUUUAAGGGCAUCAAAUGUUAAAAAUAUUGAAGCAAUUUUGAAAAGAAAAAUGGUUAUAAUUUUAUUGUGAAAAAUUUAUUUUUUGUCCUCAAAAUGUUUUCCCUUUCAAAACAAAUAAAGUAUAUUUUUUUGUGGAGACAAUUGACAAAAAACUGAAAUGUAAAAUAACUUUUAUUUGUGUCUGUAAUUACAGUUUGUAGUUUAAAAAAUUUUAUGACAUAGAGUUCAGUAAUGUUAUAUUGUAAGGUUUUAAGUAAUUUUAACUUACACAUUUUUUAAAUUGACCUGGUUUUCUUUUUUUUUUCCUCAGGAUGAAUUCCACCCAUUUAUUGAGGCCCUCUUGCCUCAUGUCAAGUCUUUCUCCUAUACAUGGUUCAAUCUUCAGGCUUCCAAACGGAAAUAUUUUAAGAAACAUGAAAAGAGAAUGUCAAUGGAAGAGGAGAGGAGGGUUAAAGAAGAAUUACAGGUAGCUGCCAAAUUAUAAUUACUGUACACAUGCUGUCUUUAAUCAUGUAUCAUAUUUCAUGCAGUUGUUGAAUCAUUUAGCUAAAUUAUUUAAAAAUGAAGUUUAACAUACCUUUUCUUGAGCAUACCUAAAAACUGACGAAUAUGUUUUAUUUUUAACACACAUUUAAAAGUAUAAAAUUUCUUUAUUGGAAUAACUAUUUAACUCUAAAAUUUGUACAUUUAAAUUUCUUGAUUACUAUUAUGUUUAUAUAAAUUCAUAAAAAUAAAUAAAGCUGAGCUGAUUAUGACUAAAAAAGUAAAGGCAACUUUUCAAAGAAGUUUAUUUUUUAAAUAUUAAUGUUCAACUCAAAUCUUUUAUCCUCACUUCUUCCCAAAGAAUGAAAAAGCAGAUGUAAAACAGAAGUGGGCGUCACGGCUCUUGGCUAAGUUACGCAAGGACAUUACACAGGAGUGUCGUGAGGAUUUUGUGCUCAGCAUUACACGCAAGCGAUCACCCAUCUGUGUACUUAGCAACCCUGACCAGAAAGGAAAAAUGAGGCGCAUAGAUUGCUUGCGACAAGCAGACAAAGUUUGGCGCUUGGACCUGGUCAUGGUAAUUUUAUUCAAGGCUAUCCCAUUGGAGUCAACUGAUGGUGAAAGACUGGAGAAGUCGCCAGACUGUCUCCACCCAAAUUUAUGUGUUAAUCCCCAUCACAUAAGUGUUUCGGUCAGGGAGCUGGAUCUCUACCUGGCCAAUUUUAUACACAGUUAUGGUGAGUACCUUACCUGCUAACCACUCAUAAUAGUUUUACAUGUCUGUUUUUAAAAAAUCAACUCAAUUUUAGAAAGUUAUCAGCAGUUUUAAAAUACAGUUUUAGCAAUUCAACUUUUAUGGUGUAAAGUUGGAAGAGGACUGUAUUCAAACUUUAGACCUAGUUACUCUUUUGACUUUGUCAUACAAUGUAGGAUUUUGAGAUGCUUUAUACCAUUGUAUGCUGAGACCUGUCAGAACUAUGAUUUUUUAGAGACUGGGCUGAAAAAAUAUAUUCUGGUAGUUUUUAUCGUUAAAAAAAACAAAAACAAACAAACCUUAUUAGCUCCUUUUUACAUCCGGCAGUAAAUGGACUGAGAAAUACAAUUUGUUGGGGACUAAUCUAUAAUUUUAUUACAUCUGCUUGGGGGGGGGGGGGUGUUAGUAUUGACAAAGUAUGGGUGCAUGGGGGGGGAUAAGUGAUAGGUUUCUAAAUAUUUUUAGGGACUAUAAAAUAAGACAGCCACUUUUUGUAAUGAGGGGACUAUGUUGAAGUUUAAUAAGAUUGGCUGGGGGGGGGGGGGUGUUAGUAUUGACAAAGUAUGGGUGCAUGGGAGGGGAUAAGUGAUAGGUGUCUAAAUAUUUUUAGAGACUAUAAAAUAAGACAGCCACUUUUUGUAAUGAUGGUGAUGAUCUUCAUAUUGUUUCUUAGUAUAUUCACAAUGAACUUGCUAGAUAUGGCAACAGUAAUAUUUAGCGUAGUCACACUAUUGACAAAUAUAGUCGACAUUUGCUUUUGUUUGUUUUGGUGUUGUAUGACAUCAGUUUGUGACAUAAUUAUUUCGUUCUUUAUUGAACUUCAGGCUCCUGUGUUUAAUGCAGGGGUGGCCAACUUGUGGCACGCCCUGUUAAAUAUCAUUGUCCACCAGAUGUAUCACAAAUAGACUUAUUUCUUUGUUCAAUUGGCAGUUAUUUUUAUUCUUGGCAUAAACUUACAUUUGAGAUAUAUCAACAUGUUUUGUGAUGGUUCGCACCAUUUGGGUGCACCCGCCCCUUUUUUUGGUCUGAUUUAAAUAAAAAAAUAUAUGACAUAAGCAUGGGCGCCUGCAGGAAGGGGCAAGGGGUGCACUUGCCCCCCCCCCCCCCCCCCCCCCCCCUGGAUUGAUUGGAUAAAAAAUUUGUAGACAAAAAUAGACACACAAUUUAUUAAAGUAAAGAGAAAAUAAAGAGAAAGUAAUUAAGCUGAUGUCCUGUCCGUUCAUUCACCAUACAAAUACACUACAGUAAAUUAAAACUAUAUUAAAACAUUACUAAAAAAUUUUUGCCCCCCGUGGAAAGUUAAUCGAUUUUUUUUUGCCCCCCAAAAAGAAAGUUUUUUGCGGGCGCCCAUGGACAUAAGUAAUAUCAAAUCUUAAAUAAAAAUUAUGAAACAAUUUUAAUAUUUAGUAAUUACUAAAAUAAAAAGUAUUUAUAUAAACACAGCUGGUAGAGGGAACUUAAAUUUCCACAAACAUUAGGAUUAAGUGUAGAAUGAUAAAAACCUAUAUUCAUGGAUACGCCAAAGUGCAUCCCUGCAUUUUGAAUUAAAACAAAAAUUUCUGGGAAUGGGGCUCAGCACCCUCCCCAAACCUGCUCAGCACACUCCCCAAAUCUCUCCCCCACUUUUGCUCAAGUAACUUUGGCAUAGGUCUUCAAUUUCUGCCUGCCCAUCCCAUUUAUGUCUAUCAAAGUGGCAAAGUUUGGGAAGUGACCUUUUUAGACAUGCAAGGCCAAUAGUUUAUGUAUAAAUUAGAGUGUAUGCUUAUUUCUCUACUCUUAUGACAUGGUAUUGUAUGAUUGUGAGUUGUUAAAGUACUAUUCUGAAACAAUAUUGCAUUAUUUUGGGAGUUCCAGGGUCAACAGGUCUGAAGCUUGUAUAAAAGCUUAAGCACAAUGUAUGUUAAGCAGGACAGAAGUAAUAAAAAUAAUUAUUAGCAGGAGACUCAAAAAUAGUAUUAAAAACUUUGUUGAAACACAACCCUCCACAACACCCAAUAAUAAAUAAAAUAAUUCACUUUAAUAAACAAACCAGUGUUAUCUAGCUUUAGGAAUGUAUCUUAUUAACUGUAAAGAAAUUUAAACAUUUUCAGUGAAAUAUAUAUGAAAAGGCACGGGGAUGAUAUCAAUUCAUAGAUGAUUGGAUAGAAAGGAACAUUACGAUUUUGAAAUUGUGUUUAUAGUAAAUAAACCAUUUCUUUUAAAGUCUGAGUUUUCUAUAAUUAAGGCUUUAAAAUAAGCACAAAAAAGGGAAACAACAGACACGACAUUAACCUUUAAAAUUGAAUACUCUUGCAUAAGUAUUUUAAUUAAAUCUUCAGGGUAUAUAAGGUUAUUGCCCCAGUUCUGUAAAUAUUCCCCUAGUGUUUCAUUUACAUAACAAAUUGUAACAUCUGGUUAAUGUGAUAUGAGGUGUGAUAUUUAAGGUGUCAGUUUUAUUGUGUGGAGUCUGAUAAUUUCUUUUAUUCUGGCUUUUUCUGAUACAAUACAGUGUUUGGCCUAGCACCAUUUUGUGCAUCAACAGACCCAGUCCACAAAAAAUUUGCAAUUUUUUUUUUUUUUUUUUACCUUAAUGAUAAAGGAGAACGUUUAGUUUUGCCGAGAGACUAUAAGCAUACUUGUCCUGUGUCUUUACAGACUGUGGCCCUGCAUCUUGAUAUAAUUAUGCGCAGCACGUAUUAUUAUUUAAUAACAAAAAAUUUGCAAUUUUUUUUUUUUUUUUACCUUAAUGAUAAAGGAGAACGUUUAGUUUUGCCGAGAGACUAUAAGCAUACUUGUCCUGUGUCUUUACAGACUGUGGCCCUGCAGCUUGAUAUAAUUAUGCGCAGCACGUAUUAUUAUUUAAUGCACCUACUUCAUUGUAUCCAUCAUAAUUUGCCCAACAUUAUCAUUUGACCCAUGGAUUGAGACUUAGUCAAAUUUCUGCCUAACAAAAUCUAAUUCCGUCAAAUUUAAAAACAAUUCCUUUCUCUUUUACUCUAAAUUAUUACCAUGCAACUUUUUUUUUUGUUUUUUUGGUAACAUUCUGAAUUGAUUUUUAGUAUUCUAUUGAAAUGAUAACUUCUUAAAACACUUAGCAAAUAUUUCCUGACUGCAUUCCAACUUAAUCUACACCAGAUGUUCCUAAACCCUGGUUCCAUGGACUUGUUAAAGCUGUUUGAAAAAUAUAUCUACCGUUGUCAUUAUUUGUCUAGACCUCGAUUGCUAACAACCAUUAAGGUUUAAGAGCUGCUAAUAAACUGUCUAAUUCAAGAUGUAGCAGAUUUAUCAACAUCCAAUUAGGGAGUUGGCUAAUUUACCAACAAUACUCACCACACAAAUUUCAAAUUAGGGAGUACCAAACAUACAUAAAUGUCCCAUUCUAUCCCUGUUGAUUAUUAAAAUAAAUUUUAUGUAGACUUUAGUGAGCAUCACCUGAACUGGUAUUAGUAGUUUAAUAUUAAUAAAAGUUAAUCAUAUGGGGAGUAUUUACAUAUUCCUUUGCAACAAUUUUUUUACUAUGGCACUAUGCAGGUGUCGUGGGAGGUUAUCAUUUGAGAAAGUGUAGACAAUUCACUGAUUACUGAAUGGCUAUAUGUCACUGGGUCACUUUGCAAAUGAGUACCUAACUUGUAAGCUCACUUAGCAAGCUUGAGAGCUGGAAGAUCUCUUGCCUCGAUCCUAUGACUGAUUUGAUCCAGUGUUAGUUAUGAUUGAAAUAUUUGGUUUGUAAUCAGCUGAGCUGCAUUGACAGGGUUUAGGGCUUCAGACAGACUGAAUUUUAAUAGUUAUAAGUUAGAUUGAGGUUGAGGUCUAGAGUUGAUUUUUUAUAGACUUGCAUUUGGUAACUCUGAACAUUGAUUUACCUGCCAGCUCAUAGACAACAAAAAGACUUCAAUUUGAUAUGGCCAUAGGUGUACACAAAAUUUUAUAAUGUUUGAGUAAAAUUUUGCCUAUGUGUAUGUUGAGUUUUUUGUACUUUAGACAGAACUUUUUAGUAUUUUAAUUGGUAUCAGGUACUAUUUUUGUAUCAGGGAUCUUUCAAAACUAUAAUUUUGCAUAGAGAAAUAUAUUACUUGUUUCUGCAUAAUUAUAUACAAAAAUUACCAUGGGUGUUUAUUUUAGCAAGUCCCAUAGUGCUAGUUCUACUACCUCAUUCAUUUACUAGGGUAUAUGUAAGAAUUUGGUUCAUAGCUCUUCAGUUUAACUAUACUUAUGCUGCUUGAAUAUUGCAACACCACCAUCCUUGGUAAGAGACCUAUCUGGUUUUUAAAUUCUUAUUUGUUUGAAUUAAGAUGGAGCUUGUUCAGUUUUAAAUGUUUUAUUAUUUUAUCUCAAUGAGUGUUUUUAUUUCUUAUGACUCCCAAGAGUGGAACACUUCUUUCCAUUUUUUGUUUUUCUUCUUCCUUUCUAGAUAAAGAUCUGUUUCAUUUGAAGCGUGCCUCAUGCUGUUAAAAUAGCUCUGUGCUGUUGCAAACAUCCAUCAUUUGGAAUCAUGCUUUGUGACAGUAAAAUCUUUCAGUUGCUCACAGCAUCUCUUUGUUAGCUACAGUUACACUUAAAGAUGUCCCAGAAAAAUCAUCUUUACACGUGUAGAGUUAAAAAGCCAUUCGUUUUCUGAAAUUAAUGACAUUCACAUUUUAUUUUUAUUUUUUUUCAAGAAAACUUUGGAGGAAGAAAAAAAAAAUUCAGAUUGCUUAAAAACAAAGCAUCUACCUGUCCUACUGUCCUUUCUGAACUAAAUAUUUACCUGGUAAAGAAAAUAUUGAUAGCUUAAAGAUUAAAUUUAAACAAAAAUUAUUAAUUUUUUUUUUUUCAAUUUCAUGUGGCAUUUUUCUCCUGACACUUCUUUCUUUUAAACAGUGCAGCAUAUUCUGUUUUAGACUCUCAGCUAUCACUGCUCCUCCCUCCCCCCUCUUGGGCCAAAGUUUAAAAUGCUUGCCAAGAAGUUUAGUUAAAAAACUGUUUAUUUCUUAGUUCUUGUGCAGAAUGCUCUGCUACUAUAAUAGUCAAAGUUGAAAGUUCCCAUGUUGAUUAAGAAAUUUUUUUCUCCUCAUCAUAAGGGUUUUAGAAUGAAUCCAUUUCUGUUUCCAUAACAGACAGAGAAAUAUCUUGUCAUUGAUUUCACUGAGCAGUUCCUGUGUAUUUUAGUCACGCCGCUAUCCCCUCAUCAUCAUUCUCAGCAGUGCUUAUCUAUCGACCUGUCACAUUUGUUUUUUUUUUCAUUCAUUUUCCUUAGUGCCUGAUCUCAGAGGUGACUACAUUGACUUGUCUAUGAAUGGUGAUCCUGACAUGAAAGGUGAGUUCCCCACUCUCCGCAAAAUCUUGCCAAUGUAAUCAGCUUGCUGUAGAAAAAAAAUCCCUUAAUUUGAGAUGAAGUGGCCUAGAAAUGACCAGGUUUCUUGGUGACUUUUCAAUAUUUCUGUUAUGGAAUGGUGCCUUAAUUGCAGUGGGGCCAUAGCCUUUUUUUGCACAAGUUGGCAUGGAAAAAACAUAAUUUUAUUUGAAAAAAAUAUCUAUUAAUAAUAAUUUUUCAGAGGAAUAUUAGCAAGAAAAAUGGCAUAUAUAAUUUAAAGUGGUGCUGUUCCAGGAUAGCUAUCCCAUGUUCUGUCCAUAUGUUGAAAAAAUCGACAAAAUGUUCACUUAAAAUAUGAAUAACACUAUUUUAAAGAGAAACAAUCCAUCUUAGGGCAAGAAUAUGUUGAGAACAGCAUUUCCAUUAUAGGCAUCAAUUUUUUUUAAAAGUAAUGACAGUUGCAAAGUUUCUAAUUUUGCUUUAAAUACAUUUCUCGCUUCAAAAAUAUAAAUGUGAUUGGUUAUUUGAAAGUAGUUAGCAGCUUUGCUGAUAACUUUAAAUAAGCAGUUAUUGUAAUCACAUCAUUUGGCCUUUUACCAUCACAUUUUCUAUGCAUGCCCUUUUUCUCUGUAUUGACCUAUUCAUACUAUUAACCCUAGCACCUUUUCUAAGGGUCUAGAGCUAAUUUUUCCCAGCUUGAGGUGCCCCCAGGGAAUCUGAGGUGGCAUUUUUAGUGGGUGCGACAAUUAUAAUAACAUAGGAUCUUGUGAAGUUAUAAUUUGUGAUAUAAAUGUUUAUACUUUCUCAAUUUCUUUAUUAACAUUUUACUUUAUGUAUUUAGUCAUAAGUUAUUGAUUAGUUCUUCAGUUCUCUUUGUAGUAAAUUUGAAGUCCAUUUUUUUUUUCAAGCUUUAAACUAUGUUGUGAUAUGGUCUGCUACUUCAUCAAACAAUUCAUUGGGAGUGCAGAGUUUCCCUUUUAUUUAUUUUUUGGGGUUUGUAAUGGCUUUUUCUUAUUGAAACUUGGAUUCAUUUUUUUAAGUGUAUUUUCAAAAUGAAACAAAUACCAAGAUGUUUCGGUAAGAUGCUGUGUUAAUUGUCAUGCCAUCCAUGUCAAAUGGAUACAUGAAAAGAAAAUGAAGGAUCACUUUCUUGGUUACUUGGCCUAAACUGAAAGUUUGUUUCUCUUCACCAACAUGAGCUUAAUUGAAUGUGAGCGUUUCAGCCAGAUUCAAGUCUCACAGUUUUUGCUAAUUUUUUUUAUUUGGAUAAAUUGAGUUACUUUUUCGUGGUGUAACAGUUUACGGGCUUGGAUAAUUGCUCAACAGCUUAUUUCGGAUUAUGGCUGACUGAGCAAUUUUUUUUAUUGCAUUGUUUGUACAUCUUGAACUCUUUUUAUCAACUACCAGGUGUGAGUUGUUUAUCCUGGCCUAUCUCAGUUAUUUAUGCUUAUCCCAGUGUAUAGAAUGUAAAUAAGUCUUAACAUUGAAAAGCUCACGGAAACCUGAAUGGAAGGGAGAAAACAAUUCUUUUGUCUCUCAGUACUUAGAAUACACACCCAGCUGAAUGUUAUUUUGAAAAUCUCUCUCAGCCCAGGCUUAUCAACAUUAAUCUGUAAAGUUGCAGGAAGAUUUGCAGUUUGUUACUUUUACUUGCAGAUGCAGUUUAAGUGUAAAAUCAAAAAUGUCCCUGGAAUGGGUCAACAUUUUUAGAGUUUGAGGAAAGGAAAUUUUGAAUUAAAAAAAAAAAAAGUUUUGACAAUUCUUUAAAAAUAAAAUGUGUAUAAAUAAAUUAAUAAGUCAAACCAUUAGAAAUGGUGUAGCUUGAAGAAAUUUAAGAUGAUUUUUAUUCUCCACAGCCAUUCCUUUUUUUGUUGGAAUUUUACUCAUGAUUUCAAACCUUUAACAUAAAAUUAAUUUUAAAACUAAUAACUUUUCAUCUUUAAAAAAAAAAAUGAUGACUGCUAAUGCCAUUAAAAAACAACAACUCAUUUAAGGAUUAUUUUGCACAUUUCUUCUUUUGUUUGAUAACAUAUGGCCUUUUAAACUCCAGUUCUAGAUUUAGGAUCUGGAUAAAUGAUGUCACAUGGGAUUCUUAUGUUACAGUUACUGGUUUUAUCUAAAACAGUUUUAAUGUUUUUUUUUGUGUUUUUUAAAGCCCUUUUCCUAAGUGUCAGUGAUGUUAUUGUUAAUCGACAUGUAUUUUCAAGUUAGGGGAAAAAAAGCAAAGGAAGCAUCUAAUUUUUUUUUUUUUUUUUUUUAAGUUUUUAAAAAAAAAAAAAAAAAAAAAGCUUGCAAGGCAUAUUAUUGCAGUACUCAGUAUAACAUUAUCCUUUAUGAUUGCCUAAAAAUUAUUUUUGUGUAUUGAGUAAAAAAACAACAACUCUUUUUAACUUUUUGCAACUCAAUAAAUUAAAUGGUCAUAAGUCUCAUAAUAAUACGAUUAAACAAGAUAUCUCAUGCAUAUUAAACAAAAACAUUGUUAGGACAUUUGUAUUACAUCUAAUUUUUUGACACUUUUGGUCUAGACCAGGGGUCCUCAAACUUUUAAACAAGAGGCCAGAUCAGUGUUCUCAGACAUUGUCGGGAGUCGGUUUAGGGAAGAAUGGCUAAUGAGGUUAUACAUUUUUGGUGCCAUAUUUGUGGGUGCUAGCCAGGAGGUACUCUUACAGUUACCAGGCGGGCUGGAUCUGGUCCGUAGGCCAUAGUUUGAGGACCCGUGAUCUAGAUGGCUCAACAUUUAAAAUUUCAAAUGACUCCAGCGUUAACCCAUCAGCAACCUAGCAGGGUUUUCUGUAACACUAUACCGGUGCUAAGAAUAUAUUUUUGUAGUUUACCUCACUAUUAUGAGUAAUUAUAAGCUGCCUUGGUGCAAGAAAUAGAUGGUGAGCAAUUUUGGUGGGAUAAAUUAUUAUUAUAUAGGUCUCAACUUCUUGUCAGAUGACACAUUGUUGUGAAUGCUCUUAAAGGUAUCAGUCUCCACCCUUACUCAUUUACCAGGGGGCUUGCAUAGUACCUGAUGUUACAUAUAGCUGGGACUCUAUUUUAAGAACCAAUGUUAUAUAAACUUUGUGCUCAGUUGAAAAGAAAGAUGUUAUUAUCCAUGUACUAGAAAAUUACACACGUUUCAUUAAUUAAUGCUAACAAAUAACGGGAACAUUAGUUUUAUUUAUAAGUGUUAUAUAUGAAAUGUUCAUAAUUUUUCCAUGUUAUCUGCAUUUAGUCUGUUAACUGCUAUAACAGCAAGGCAAAGAACAACGAAAAUAAAAGAGUCGUGUGAAAAAAAUAACUUAAAUGAAAAAAAAAACUUACAUUUAUUCAAACACUUGAAACAUUUUGGUUUAUAUAACAAUUUCAAACUGAGACAUUUAUUUUAGUAUAGUUUUCAAACAUCAAAAUCUUACAUCCAUUGCCAUCAUGCCAGUCUCCUAGGUACACAUACUGACAUAUAAUCCUUUUGCAACUGUCUAAGAGACAAGAUCACAGUUUAAGAGAUAAGAUCACGUCAGUUAUGGGACAGUAAAAAAAAAACUUGACACAAUUGGAGGCCAAUCUAUAUAUAAGAAAGUUGAAUUUUAAGUGCAGGUUAAAUUGCUGGAUAGACAUUGGAAAUCAGCUUUGAAUAACCUAGAGCUUAUUUUUUUGUAACAGUGUAUAUGUUAAAAAGCCACCAGUGAUGUUGAGUUACCACUAUCAUGUUAUUUAUGAAUGAUUGGCUGGAUGUGACAUCUGUCCGCAUUAGAAUCCGUAUUAGCCCAUUAGUCGGGUGUAUUCCUUUGCAUAAUGUGCCACAGAUGUAUCAUUCUCAGAUCUUAUCUUGGUAUGGCCAUAAUUUCAAGGAUGAUAACAGUAAUGGGGUUAGCUCAAAUAGUGGAGGUGUUAAGAGAAUAGACUUACACGAUAUAAUUAACAUUGUGUGCUGAGACUUUAUUAAACCUAUCAAUUGAAUAUUUAAUGUCACUGAUGAUCUUUUCUAUUUAUCAUUUAUCAGUAUAUCAUUAAACCUUUGGUGGUUUUCUACGAUAAAGGACAUAUUUAAUAGAAAUAAUUCUAUUUCUAAUUUGAUAUGAAUAUAUAUUGAAACACAUAGUGUUUUCACCAUAAAUUUCAUGAAAUGUUAAUGAAACCAACAUUUCCUACUGAUGAACUUUAAUGAUCCGAAGGUCUUUUCUACUAUUGAUGAAUUUGAAACCAAUAGUGUUAUCUGCUUUUUUUUUUUUUUUAUAGUAUUUACUGUACUCCCUAAAGUAGCGAAUUUCCACUUGUGUUCUUAGUUCCAGGAAACAUCCACUCGGGGGUAUCUGGUAUUUUUUUUUUUUUUUUUUUAUUUGAAUAUAAUAAUUUUAUUUGCUUUUUUUUUUUUUUUUAUAGUAUUUACUGUACUCCCUAAAGUAGCGAAUUUCCACUUGUGUUCUUAGUUCCAGGAAACAUCCACUCGGGGGUAUCUGGUAAUGACAGUAUUAUGGCCACCGGUGUGUUCUCAGCCUCUGAGUUAUUGCGUGUUACAAGAGGUGAGUCUGGUGUUCUUACUAUAAUCAUUUUUCUCACCAUUUUAUAGUCCUCUUUAAUAGAGAGUAGUGUUAACAGUCUAUGAUAACAAGUUGAACUAAAUUAACUUCUAUAAAUGUAACCAGAUCAGAUUUGCUAACAAUUUGGGAACAUUUUUAUUUAUCCAUGGUUGAACAUGAAAUGGUUUUGUACAAACACCAAACUCGCAACUUGUUUCAUUUGUAUUUUGUUUUUUUUGUUUGUUUGUUUUUUUUUGGUGUUAUUUUGUAUUAAAUAUAGAACUUUAAUGUUUGUUGGAGGACAUUCAAUUAAAGUUUAAUUUAUUUUUGUGUGUUAGUUGUGAAGCUUCUUAAAAAGAUUAUAUAUUUUAUUAAAUCUGUGAUAUAUAAAUUUGACUAGAAAUAGUAUGAGGAGCUUUCUCUGAAUCUAUAUGCUAAAACUUAAUGUAGCAAAAAUCUCUGUUCUCUAUAUUUGAUGAAACUGAUGUUUAUAUGUCUACAUUAUUACAGCCUCUAUAAUGUUAACACCGAAUGGAACUCACACGCUCCUUCCACAAGGCCGACUGGAUUCCCCAAGUUAUUACAACUACAGUCCACAAGAUCAACAUGGAUCCAUGGUCCCAAUGCAUCCAGUGGCAAUGGCCAAUGGUCAGUCCUCUCUCAGCCCUGCUGGAGACUCUUACAGUAAGCUUUGAAUUUUAUUAAAAAAUUGAACAUCUUAUUUGAAUCAUCAAAUUUAAGACUGAAUUAACUUAAAUAAUGGAAAAAAAUUUGCUUUGCAGGCUCUGUGUUUUAGAUAAUGAAAUUAUGAGGAGAAAUUCACACAUAUUUUUUGUGAAAUAUAAAGUACAUUUUAAGUAUUUUUAAUUUAAUAUUCACAUGAAUCUAGACAUACUCUCAACUAAGUAUAAUAUCCAUUGGCAGACAAAUAAAAAACAAAAAAAACUGAUAGUAUCUCGUGUUUACAUUGUAAUCAAUGAAGAGUUGUAAGAGGUGAUGCCAUUUAUUUAAUCAAAAUAUCCUUUGCAUGAGGCUUUGAGGUCAGUUUCAUACCUCCACCCCCUCCCCCACCCCCCCAUCCCCCAUUCCUGUCUUUUCAGGUCACUCUCACAAAAAAUUAAAGCGUAACCACAUGAACUCCAUGUCCUCUGUCGAGGAUGAUGUGGAGAGCGUUGAGGGGGAGGAGAACCUCAGUGGGUACUACAGCAAAGGUGGACUGGCCCAUCAGUCAUGGCAGGGAGAUCACAUGGAGCCAGGUCAGACCUUAAAGAGAUGAAUGGAAAAAUUUCGAACACCCUUACCAGUGUUACUCAAACUAAAAAAUCCUGUGCUGUAGUUAGCUGGUGCACAUGUUUUCAGCCCAUUAACCAUCCACUUUAAUUAAGCUGUAUAUUUUAUAUAUAAUCUUGUUCACAUAUUCUUUUUUUUUUUUAAUCUGAAGAUUUGAGAGUAGGAGAAGUGAUUUGUUAAUAAGGGAAUAAUAACUAAAGCUAUAGAUUAAAAAAAAUAAUAAAACACAACUGAGCUGGUAUCUCAUGGUAACGGGAUGGGCAUUUUACAACCACUUUUGAACGCACACAUGGCUGUAAACUGUAAAUACAUGAGAUAAAAAAAUAUUAAACAAACCAUGGCAAAGCUGAUUCUAUCCCAACCUCCUGUUUUGAUUUAUCUGAGACACUUACAUUUCACCAUCUGUCUAAUCGCGCAAUAAUUAUUGGUCAUUGCAGCUCAACUCCAGUUGUGCAUAGUUAAAAUCUUUAUUUAGAGAGGGUAAAAAAAAAAAACUGUUUCAACAUAAACUCAAUUAAAAAAAAAAAAUUAGUAUGAUAAGAUUGUAGAAUCUAAUAAAUGAUCGUGUCUACAAAUCAGGGUUAAGCCAGGGCUCAACUAUGCACUCCCCACACAUGAUGCUGCCAGUCAAGCCAAAACAGGAGCCGGGUUUCGCUCCUGUGUCCCCCUCGGGUAGCAUGGGGGGUCAGCAUUCUCGCCAGAUGGUUCCUACCCCACCCCGUCCCAUGAGCACCCACACCCCGGGUAUGAUGUCUGUUGGACCAUCACAUUCUCAACAGCACACCCCACCUGGCCCAGGUAUGUUUGUCAGCAUGGGAUUUUUUUUUUUUAACUGCUAAUAAUCAUUUAUUAUUUCAUAACGGGCAAUGAUCUGUUACAAUGACCAGGGUUGAAUUGUUUUUUAUUUAUAUGUAAUUUUAAAUAUAUCUUAAGUAUUAUGUUAUCUGUUAAGGUAGCAUGGGGGGGCAGCAUUCUCGCCAGAUGGUUCCUACCCCACCCCGUCCCAUGAGCACCCACACCCCGGGUAUGAUGUCGGUUGGACCAUCACAUUCUCAACAGCACACCCCACCUGGCCCAGGUAUGUUUGUCAGCAUGGGAUUUUUUUUUUUUUAACUGCUAAUAAUCAUUUAUUAUUUCAUAACGGGCAAUGAUCUGUUACAAUGACCAGGGUUGAAUUGUUUUUUAUUUAUAUGUAAUUUAAAAUAUAACUUAAGUAUUAUGUUAUCUGUUACCAAUGCAGUACAGGUUGUGAAAUUUCAAAGAGUUUCACAAAAUCCAAUCAGUUCAAAUAUUUAUCUAAGUAUAAAUUUCUUACAGAAUAUAGAUACAAAUUUAAUUUUAAAAUUUGUUAAGUGAAAAAGGAAUACUUUAAAAAAAAAAUUAACAUUAGAAAGUCAAUAGAGAUUAUGAAGUGCUAAUGGCCUGCUGAUUAUGUAUGUGGAAAGUCUACUCUGAGGGUCUUUAAGAAUUACAAGUAAUUUAUCAAUCUAUCUAAUCUUCUUCAUUAAGUUAAAGAUGAUCAAAUUUUGCCUAAUAAAAUAAUAGUUUAUAGACAUCCCAUUGUAAGGUGCUAUCAUUAUAUGUUUCAGGUUUGAGCCAUGUGAUGGUUAUGGGAGCCCAACAUGGGAUUAAAUAUGAGGGCCAACAAAACAACGACACUUUCUCAGAUUUUGUCACUCUUGUUUGUCAAGAGGCACAAAAUUCUCAAAAUCAUGUAAGUACUGUCAAAAUUUUUUGUCUAUUAAAAUAAGAGUAAAUGAAUUGGCCACAUUUUCUGUUUAAUUUUCAAGGAAUCAGUAGUUUCUAGGUAUAGGUUUUGAAAUCUUAAAUUUUAUAGGCUUUAAGCCAUACUUGACUUCUUAGCGGAAGCCAGACUAAAUUUUGUUUGUUAAGGAAUUCAAUUAAAAAUACCAGCAAUAGUAACAAAUCAUUUCUUGGAAUUGAAUUUUUUUUAUUUUGAUUAGAUAUAAUGUUAAAGAAAUUUAUUGAUAAAAAAUCAAGUGAAUUGUUUACAUUUAUUUAAAACAGCUCAGUUUCCCAAACCUUCACCAAUUGUAUUCUUCUGCCCUUUUAGUCAGGACAAAAUUCGCCACCUAUACGGAGUCCAAAUCGGCUGACUCAGUUUUUCUCACCUGGUAUGUUACCGCCGCCUCCCCCACCUCCUCCAAAUUUGGCCCGGCCAGUAGCAAUACUUCAAACAUCAGAUGGCCACACAGUAUUGAGUAGCCAGACGUUAAGUACAUCUGCAGGUAAUUACAAAUGUUGUUUUUUAGGUCUCAAAACUCCAAAAUGUCUUUUCAUGGCAAAACAAAAUUUGCCAUUUGAGCCGAAAAGCUUUCUGAAUACAUUUUAAUAAAAUACUAUUCAUUUUGUUUUGUUUUGUUAAAACAUAUUUUAAAACAUGAGUUUUGAUUUAAGAAUUUAAUAUUUAUGAAAGUCAUAUACAGUAAGGGAGAAAUAAUAUCUAUAUUUUUUUAUUUUUGUUUCUGCUCUGGCAAAAGUCUCUUAUUGCUGUUUUAAGUGUAACACCAACAAUUUUUGUGUUUGUGCUUCUGGUAUAGUUUCCAAACACAAAAUGUGUAAUUGUACAUUUUUGUUUCAGGAGUGGCACUCUCUUAUAUAUGUAAUUCUUGUCUACAUUAAAAAAGAUUAUUUGAUUCUUCCAUCCCAUUAUCAACAAAUUUCCUUAUCAAGGGUCCAUAUUGUUAUCUCUUGGUGUAGCCGUUUCAAAUGAUGUUUAAGUGGUUUCUGUGAGGUCUAUGUUGUAGUCUCUAACUUAUUUUAAAUUCAGGGAGUACCAACAACAACCAUCUUGUUUCCCACGGAGGCGUGAACAGCUCACCAACCACACCUCCUGUGAGUCGUACCGUCAUGUCUAGUCCAUUUAACUUGCUGUCUCGAUCUGAGCAUGCCUUCCCUCACAUACACCCGCAGGUGAGCUUUGCAUGAUUGUCUUCUUGUGAGCCAACCAUCCAAACCGGUCGGUGGGUGGGUGGGGGGGGAAACGACGUUAUUGACACAGGCAGCAUGUUGUUAUUAUAAAGAUGUUUAAUCAGCCUUUGUUUACCUAAUGCUCUGAUGUCUUUGGAAAACAUAUUCCUUGAAAAUAAUUAUAGGUUAGUCAUGAAGUGAUGUUUAGAAGAAAUGAAAAGUUUGGAUGUUUGGCUCAUUUGCUUGAUUAGAAUUUUUAAGCAGUUAUGGCUAGCUGACACUUUCUAUGACAGACAACGGCAAUAAUUAAUAAUUUAACUAACACCAUUUGCUCUAAGGCCUUGGGUUUUUGCCUUGGUGGCCAUUCAAAAUAUCAUUCAAAAUAACCACGUUUGAAAUAAAAGGGUUAAUUCAGAAUGUUUUGAGCUUUUCAGCUGGCAACAUUCAGUUUUAACUGAGUGCAAAAUCUGAUGCUCAAUCUCUGACUAAAUAUUUCAUGAUUUUUACAGCAGCAGUAGUUAAGGAAAAAAUAAUCGAUAUUUGAUUUUCUCGCUCCACUUUGCUAUGCAUAAUCCAGAUGCUUGACCACAUAGAUUUUAUCUUGGACCUUCAAUUCGGGAGACUGAAUAAAAUCACUGCUCUGGACAAUUGGUCGUGUUGAUUUUAUGAAAAAAAGAUAAAUUAUCAAAAUUGGUUUAAUUAUUAAUGUUUAAAAAUCAUGAUCAGAAUUAUGUUUUUUUUUUUUUUUUAUGUGUCUCUACCAUUCCUGGAUGAUGAAGCCAGUGGAAUGGACAGUAUAAACAUGACGGAGCUCACACACUUUUCAACCAUUAGUUUCUUCUCAAAAAACAAAAAAAAAUGAGAUAAAAUCUUAACUCUGUGUUCAUGAAAUCAUACGAAAAGGGGGUUGGAGAAAUAGUUUUUAGAAUGCAUAAACUAAAUAUGCAUGUUAACUGUUUGAAGAGAAACAUAUCUGAAGUGAAAUUAGUUGAUCUAAAUCAGGGGUUAUAAAGCUACAGCCCGCAACGUCAGUUCAUCAGGCCCACGGACAGUACUUGUAUGUGCUUGAUGAAAUGUAUGGAACAUGAGACAUUAUGAUACAAUUUAAAUUUAAAUAUUAUGUUUAGAAUUAGUUAGUUAAAAAAAAAUCCAAAAAUUAUAAAAAUAUUACAGUUACAUAGAGCAAAUUUCAAAUGAAAAAAGUAAACCCAGAAUCAGCUUUCUAGCUUAGUACUUUUUUCGCUAUGAAUUUUUAAAUUUUGUUAGGUAAUUUUUUUUACUAUGGGCCGCACCUUCACUUGUGACCCCAUUCCUCUAAUCGCGUCAUGUGCAAUAACUAUAACUCUUAUUUUUAUAAUAAUUUAAUAUCACUUUUAUUUCAGCAUUAAUCAUUAAUGCUAAGUAUUAAAGUUCUAAUUAUAAAAUUAAUUUUAUCAAUAUCCUACAAUUAUAGAUAAACUAUAACUUAUCCAGCUAUGUAAUAUCCAUUAUUACUUUAAAUACGAUAAAGAUGUUUUGUUUACCGAGUCUAGCAUUCAUUAUCUAUAUAGUAUGUAGUCUAUAUAAGCAUUGUAAGGCAUAUUGUAAGGCAAGUCGUCCCUUUAAAUAAUACUGGUGUGGGAGCAUUUAUUUUGAACUUUCAACUUUUGCACAUGCCUAAUUAAUUUUAGCUUUCUACAACAAAUAAUUAAAUAGUGUUUUCACACGGCACAUUCAUUAUCUUAUGAAUGAAACUCUGAGGACAGGACAUGCAAGUUAAUGUGAAUGGUUGCCCAUGACUACCUUUUGCACACAGCAUAUUUUGAUCAUUUAUAAUUUGGACUAUACCGGGUUUUUAAACCUCAAAUUAAAACAUUCUUGUUUAAAUUACUUCGAAUUUAUCAAAUAUUUGAUGUAAAUUGUGGUAAUAAUUAAAUAUUUCCCAAGUAUUUGCAUCUUCCGCCAUUCAAAAGGGGGCGGGGUCAAAAUUUAGAGAAUGAUUAUGCCACCCAGUCUCGUCAUUUUUUCAGUUAUCCGGCCCACUUUGAAAUAGUUUGGUGACCCCUGAUCUAAAUCAUCAAUUCAAAACAAAACAAGAAUAUUUAGUUGAGUCCGUGUGUGUGGCAUGAAUAAAGAUGCCUGUAAUAAAAUAAAUUGUGUAAGUUUAUCAUGUACAUAUCUGGUACAGUUUUUACAAGGAUAUCACUAUUCCUAAAUUUCUCAAUGUCGUCUUGUAAGACAUUAAAUAUUUCUGCAUGUUUUCUAUUGUCUUUUACUUUGAUAAGUGUAGAUAGGACUACAUGUGCACCAAUCUACUCUUAUUCUUAGUAGGCUUUCAAGUUUUUUUAUAGCUUGUCCUUAGUGAUGUAGUGCCCCCCAAGAAUAGUUAUCAGUCUUUAUUUUCUAAGUCAGCUGAGCUAUGUAAAAUAUUAUUCUUUAUUCCGUUAGAUUAUUUGCUUGCGGAAUUUCGCCUCCAUAUCUCAACUAUAUUCUUAAUCUCUUUUAAUAUGUAACUUUGGUAUUUGUGUUAACAAAAAUGAUGUAUUAUGACAAAGAACGUUAAUACAAGUUUUCUUGCCGAACAGAUUACCCUUUGUAGAAAUCCAAUUUUAAAUUGAUUUUUGAUUAGAUAGUUUUCAAAAACCUUAUUUAGAAAUUGAUAAUGCUUUAACACCCCUUAUUCUGACUAAAAAUCUUAAUAUGAAAUUUUAAAAUAUUUUUAUUGACUUUAAACCAACUUAUACAUGAAGCAAUCUUAGUUUUCUUCAAGAAUACAUGAUUUGUCUCACACAAAAUUACUUUGGACUGAUUCACUUACAUAAAAAUAUAUAAUUUUAAUUGUUUUUUUUUACAAAUGUAAGAAAUAAAAUGCACAUCUAUGUUUUUUCAAGCCUAACUUUGACUUGCUUUUUUUUUUUCAUGUAAUUAUGUGUAGAUUAGUAGGCCUAUUUAAAUACAUUUCCUCUGUGUUCAUUACAGGCCUUCAGCUAUCCUAGUAUAAGCCCAGUGAAUGCCAUUAGUGGUGUCAUUAGCCCAACUACGCUAAGCUUGAUUGCCUCUCCCAUGGCUACACCCCGAACAACGCCCCGUUCCACCCCCAUCCCCAAGUGGAGCUCAAGCUUCAUUGCCAUGGAUGAGAACAUGGACUAUUCCAUGCUGGCAAAUAUCAUGCCUACUGUAAAUACAGACGAGGCCUUGCUUGGAGAAGGUAACUGUGUCUGUACGUACAUCCAUUGGAAACUGUUGGUGGUUUGUGGGAAAUAAAUCAUCUUCAUCAACAUCUUAAACGACAUGUUCAUAUGGGAAUAUUUUAAAGUUAGUUCAUCAAUUCACUACAGAACAUUUUUUUUAAAUCAGAUUAUCAUAUCCAAAUUUUACAGGAGAAACUCAAUAACCCUUUGAAAUGAAUUUUUAAAACAUUUGGUUGGAUCAUGAGACAGAAAAUGUAUUUUCCACUAAAGCAAAUUUAAAAAAUAUUUUUACAGGACUUGAGGAAAUUCUAGAUCGUAAUAAAUUUGUAAAUGCAUUUUUCAAAAAUUUGGACUUAUGAGACCAUAGGCCUGCAUUAACUUUUAUUGGACAUAUAUUUAUUAAGAAAAUAUAAGUUAACUUUUUAUCAUAUUCCUAUGUACCUAAAGAAGAGUAAUCAUGCAAUAACUACAAAAACUAUCUCAUUUUUGGCCUUGAUUUGAUAUUUUAAAGAAAUAAAGCUAAUUCCUAACUUUGUUGAUAAAAUUUUCUUCUUUCAACCCAAAACAGCUGGUUCUCAAUGUGUCUCCGCUGGUUCUCAAUGUGUCUCCGCUGGUUCUCAAUGUGUCUCCGCUGGUUCUCAAUGUGUCUCCGCUGGUUCUCAAUGUGUCUCCGCUGGUUCUCAAUGUGUCUCCGCUGGUUGUUUUUGUAUUUGCAAUUAUUUCACAUCUAGAUGUAAAAUGUUAUAUUUUCUAUUUUCAGACCGUUACUUCUCUGCUGUUCAUUCCAACGAAAGCUUGGAUUCUUCUAAUGGAGCCUCAUCUCAAGGGCCUCCAUCACAGCAACAACAGCAGCAUUCACAACAACUGCCUCAACAACACCAACAACAAGGAAGCUCGGUUCUGUCUCAGCACCACCAGCAGCAGCCUCCUGCCACCCCACAGCAGCCAAUGACACCCUCCGGUUCCGACGGGUCCCCGAAGCAAGUCUAACCCCCACCCUUUUUCUGUUCCCCAGAAUGGCACAGCCAUCAACAGGGAAGUGCUUUACAAUCAAACUUCUGUGACUCUAUAUGAAUUUUUUGGAUGAUGGAGUAGAAACAAACACGUUUCCAAUCAAAGCACUUUUUUUCCCCUUCAUACAGCAGAAUGACGGCUUGUAAACCAGUUGAGUUACUUGUACAACUAUUAAUAUGACUGUAUUUAUUAUAUUCUUUCCAUCAACUUCUUCUCAGUACUUUUGGCAAAAACCACAAUGUGAAAAUAACAUUGACUAAAUGUUUUUAAUUAUUGCCCUACCACUAUUACCGUUACUACUUCUACACACCAACUAAAAUACUAAUUGAGCACUUCUUUUUAUGGUUGAAAAGAUCUUCCAUUUCUGGAUGCUGUUGUUAUUAUCUAUUCUGGCAAGCUUAUUUAUGGCGUUGUAUUUAGUGUGCUUCCCCUUGAUCAACGAUGCAUCAAAUACAAGAAGAAAAACAUCUCAAAUUUGAAACAUUUUUUUUUUGAGGUACAAUAGAAACUUUGCAAUUUUUCUUUUUUAAAAAAAGUAUUCUAUACAUAAUGCAUUGGGAAUAUUUUUUUUUUUAUAAAAAGAGAAAACUUGAAUUGAAAUCCUGAUUUUUCUCUUUGAUCUGAUCAAAUCUUAAAUGGGGACAAACAUUCAGGACUUGUAGCCCAAAGCCCAAUAUGUCAUUUCUCUAACACGUUUCAUUCUUUGGGAGCGAUACAACCACUCUUGGUCUCUUUGCCUGCCCCCCCCCCCAUCUCCCUUUUUUCCACUGACAACUGUAGCACAGCAUUUUGUUGAUUCACACCUUACAAAACUGCAGACUGCUCUCUCUCAUCAUGGCUGUGUGUGUGCGUGCGCGUACAUGUAUAAAGUAUUUGCUCCAAUUUGCCUGUAACAGUUGGCCGAUCUACCUCUGCUGGUGAGCACGACAGCUCGCCCUCCCCCCCACCCCCUUACUGUGACAUUUUCAUUGACUGUUGAGGCUGUUGAUAUGAUCUGAUUUAACCACUGAUAUUCAUUUGUAAGCUGUGAACAGUAAGCCACUGUGAUGGAGCCCAGAAUUGGAUUUUCCUUGGUUUUUACAUAUAUCUUUUUUUUUUUUCAUUGAGAAAAAUCGUAAUUGUUUGUAUAAACACUAACACGUUCUUCCUAUUAAUAAGUGCUUGAGAGAUGCUUCUGAUUGUUAUUGGUAUAUUUUGUAACUUUUUUUUAAUGCAGGGAAUUUUUUUCUUAUACAUUUUUUUAUGUUCAUAUUAUCCAAUCUAUAAGCUUUUACUAAAAUACUGUUAAAUGUAGUGAACCUUAUCAGCUGUUAGUAAGAUACUUUUAAAUGUAGUGAAGCUCAUCAGCUGAUAGUAAAAUACUGUUAGAUAUAAUGAACCUUAUCAGCUGUUAGUAAGAUACUGUUAGAUAUAGUGAACCAUAUCAGCUGUUAGUAAGAUACUUUUAAAUUUAGUGAACAUUAUCAGCUGUUAGUAAGAUACUGUUAAAUGUAGUGAACCUUAUCAGCUGUUAGUAAGAUACUGUUAAAUGUAGUGAACCUUAUCAGCUGUUAGUAAGAUACUUUUAAAUGUAGUGAACCUUAUCAGCUGUUAGUAAGAUACUGUUAAAUGUAGUGAACCUUAUCAGCUGUUAGUAAGAUACUUUUAAAUGUAGUGAACCUUAUCAGCUGAUAGUAAAAUACUGUUAUAUAUAGUGAACCUUUAAAAAAAAGAUCAAAUUUGUCAAUCUCUGUUUUUUUCUCCCCUCCCAAAAUUCCGACAAAUAUUUGCCAAGUGUUUCAAACCAGCAAGACAAAACAAAUUUGGACUACUUUAUUGAAUGAG